AUGCUUCUCGCGCUGCAGACAUGUGCAAUGUGGAGUAUGCAGGGCAAGAAUAUGAUGAAUCAUAUGGCUCAGCGUCUCGACGACAGUAAAGGGACGAUCCUAUACUCCUACACCGGCGACGGCGGACGGAGAAGUGGCUCCGAAAAGAUGGGCCGGAGAUGGAGGACAUGUGUGACAUAUUGGUAUGAGAUAUUCGAUUCUCGAUUCUUGAACAUCGGGCGACUGCGCUGGAUAGACAUUCUUCGCCAGGAUGUCCCCAGCAUUCCAGUGGAUAUGCAAAUGAAUCUGAUUCUGAUUCUGAUUCUGACUAUGAUUCUUACUCUGAAUAUGAUUCUUAUUCUGAAUCUGAUUCUGGAUCUAAUUCUGAAUCUGAUUCUAAUUGUUCUGAAUUUGAUUCUGAAUUUGGUUCUGAAUCAGAUUCAGAAUCAGAUUCAGAAUCAGAUUCAGAACCAGAUUCAGAAUCAGAUUCAGAAUCGGACUGUGAUUAAUCAGAAUCAGAUUCAGAAUCAAAUCCAAAAUCAAAUUCAGAAUCAGAUUCAGAAUCAGAUUAGGAUUCAGAAUCAGGUUCAGAAUCAGAUUCAGAAUCAAAAUCAGAUUCGGAAUCAGAUUCAGAAUCAGAAUCAAAUUCAGAAUCAGAUUCUGAAUCAUAUUCAGAAUCAAAUUCUGAAUCAGAUUCAGAAUCAGAUACUUCCGAUUCGGAAUCUGAUUCUGAAUCUGGUUCUGAAUCUGAUUCUGAAUUUGGUUCUGAAUCUGAUUCUGAAUUUGGUUCUGAAUCAGAUUCAGAAUCAAAUUCAGAACCAAAUUCAGAAUCAGAUUCAGAACCAGAUUCAGAACCAGAUUCAGAAUCAGAUUCCGAAUCGGACUGUGAUUGUGAGUCUGAUUCUGUAUCUGAUUUUGGACCUGAUUCUGAUUCUGAGUCUGUUUCUAAUUCAAAUUCUGAAUCUGAGUCUGAUUCUGAUUCUGAAUUUGUUUUUGAAUCCGAUUCUGAAUCUGAUUCUAAAUCUUAUGCUGAAUGUGAUUCUGAAUAUGCUCCAUAAUCUGGUUCUGAAUUUGAAUCUAAAUCUGAUUCUGAAUCUAGUUCUGAAUCUGAUUCUAAUUCAGAAUCUGGUUAUAAAUUUGAUUCUGAUUCUAAAUAUGUUUCUGAGUCUGAUUCUGAAUCUAAUUUUGAAUUUGAUUCAUUGUCUGAUACUGAAUCUGAUUCGUAAUCUGAUUCUGAAUCUAAUUCAUAUUCUGAAUCUGAUUCAUAUUCUGAAUCUGAUUUUGAAUCUGAUGUUGGAUCUGAUUCUGAAUUUGAUUCUGAAUCUGAAGCUGGUUCUGAAUCUGAUUCUGAUUCUAAUUUUGAAUCUGGUUCUAAAUUUGAUUCUGAUUCUAAAUAUGUUUCUGAGUCUGAAUCUGAAUCUGCAUCAAAUUCUGAAUCUGAUUCUGAUUCUGAUUUUGAUUUUGGAUUUGAUUCUGAAUCUGAUUCUGAUCCUGAUUCCGAAUCUUAAUCUGUUUCUGAGUCUGAUUCCCAAUAUGAUUCUGAAUCUGAAUCUGCAUCAAAUUCUGAAAAUCUGA